GCUAAAGCACUAAGGAAACUGAUCCAGCAGACCUUCAAACAAUUUGCCAACCUAAACGAUGAACAGAGCAUUCGCAAGUUCUUUGAGAUCCUGUCUCCCAUUUACAGAUUCGACAAGGAAUGUUUUAAAUGUGCCCUUGGGGUAAGUAGCAACUGAUAGACACUUCACUGUCCCACUGAGAUAACCGUUGGCUGUCAUCAGGGAAACCCUGGCUGGCAGUGUUCGAGAUAGGAAGAGCUCAGCUCAGUAGCCUUCAUGGCAUUUCACAGUGACACCUGCUGGGCAUGACAAACACUGUUGCUUCUUUCAUAUGUCUGUCUGUCUGUCUGUCCCGCCUAUCUCUGUGUCUGUCUGUCUGUGUGUAUGUCCUGCCUGUCUCUGUGUCCAUAUCUCUGUCUGUCUGUGUGUAUGUCCUGCCUGUCUCUGUGUCCAUAUCUCUGUCUGUCUUCUAGUCUAGUUGGAUUAUCUCUGUGGAGCUUGCUAUUGGACCUGAGGAGGGCAUCAGCUACCUGACAGACAAAGGAUCAACUGUGAGUACUGCUGAUUUAUCAAGUCUUUCCUUUAUUCACCUUUUAUUCACAUUCUUCCGUACAUUCUGUAUAAUUGCAUUUCCUACCCAAUUCAGGUCUUAUUGAGUCAUUCAGUGAUGUUUAGGCUAGCCAGGAAGAUGAUUACCAGCAUGGAUGUUUCAUUCUGUGCUUUCUGUUCUGUCCGUGUGUUCAGCCAACCCAUCUGGCCAACUUCACCCAGGUACAGACCAUCCAGUACUCCAGCACGGAGGACAAGGUGCGCCAGGGGAUGCUGCUGCUCAAUGUGGCUGGAGCCCCUGAGGUACAGUAUGGCCUUCUCUGUGUGUGUGUGUGUGUGUGUGUCUGACUCUGACUGUCUGACUGUCUGACUCUGUCUGUCUGACUGUCUGACUCUGUCUGACUGUCUCUGUCUGUCUGACUGUCUGUCUCUGUCUGACUGUCUCUGUCUGUCUGACUGUCUGUCUCUGUCUGACUGGCUGUCUGACUGACUGUCUGUCUCUGUCUGACUCUGUCUGUCUGUCUGACUGGCUGACUGUCUGACUGACUGGCUGUCUGUCUGUCUGACUGUCGGACUCUGUCUGUCUGACUGUCUGUCUGUCUGACUGGCUGACUGUCUGACUGACUGGCUGUCUGUCUGUCUGACUGUCGGACUCUGUCUGUCUGACUGUCUGACUGUCUGACUGACUGACUGACUGACUGACUGACUGUCUGACUCUGUCUGUCUGACUGUCUGUCUGACUGUCACACUGUCUGACUGUCUGUCCAUCUGUGUAUCUGUGUGUGUCUGCAGCCUCUGACGGUGACCACAGCGUCUCUGAACACGGCAGAGAACAUGGCUGACCUGAUAGACGGAUACUGUCGCCUGGUCAACGGAGCCUCCCAGUCUUUCAUCGUCCGCGUUCAAAAGGGUACGCUAACACUGCUGCUGACACCUUUACACUGAAUGGAGAGGGUUUUAGGCACAUCCAAAAUAAUAACAGGAUCUGGACAAUAAUAAGGUCCGACACAUAGAGAAAAGGGGAAUGUCUGAAAAACUGUGAGCAGAUAUUCCCUUUUUCCUAUGUGUACUGACAGUUCACACUGACUCCCAUGCUGCUAUGCUGUGUACUGUGGACAAUGGACAAAAGAGCUCCAGACUCCACUACACUGAGGCUGGAUUGCAGUGUCACAGAUUGAUAGAUGUAAUAGGAUUUAUUUUACCUUUAUUUAUACAGGUAAGUCCAUUAAGAACAAAUUCUUAUUUACAAUGAUGACCUGUCAAACACAUCAAUAAACAACAAUUACACUAUACACAUCUAUAUACACAUCACUUACACAAUAACAUCUAUAUACACAUAAAUUACACAAUAACGUCUAUAUACACAUCAAUUACACAAUAACGUCUAUAUACACAUCAAUUACACAAUAACGUCUAUAUACACAUCAAUUACACAAUAACGUCUAUAUACACAUCAAUUACACAAUAACGUCUAUAUACACAUCAAUUACACAAUAACGUCUAUAUACACAUCAAUUACACAAUAACGUCUAUAUACACAUCAAUUACACAAUAACGUCUAUAUACACAUCAAUUACACUAUACAUGAAAAGCAAACACAAAACACGAAAAGCAAACAAACACAUUAUUCAGUAAGUGAGCCCACAUUCAUCCACAACCUCAUAUGUUUUGUGACCGAUUUUCAUUUGAGAUUAUAGAUUUGGUAUUAAUGUUGUAAUUAGCAUCAUGUUUUUCCAGUAAAUCAGCCCAGUAAUAAACACAUGACUUCAUGAGAUUAGAUUAGAUCAGAUCAGUUAUAGAGCUGUUGAGGGACUGCCAUUUCAUUUCUCCACUCCAUUUCUCCAGUCAUUUGGAAAGCUGAACGCAGCAAAUCAAAUUGCCCGGAAACAGCUUUCACUAACAUUAAUUUCACUCAAUGAAUUCCGUCUUUUUAAAACAUGAAUGAAUUCACUAGGGAGAAAGAAGCAUCCAUUUAAGGCAUAGGCUUUUAGGGGCUCUUCUCUGCUUAAGGCUCAUAUAUGAAAGAAUGUUACAUAUUUGAUGUCUCAUAGUGUUAAAUUAUAUUAAUAAUGAUGAAUGUGUGAAUGUGGGCAUUAGAAUGGAUCCUGUUGAUGGACUGUAACUCUACUGCUAAACCUACAUCUCCUAACUGCCUCUAACAAUCACCAACAGAGGGAGAGAGAGCGCUACCUUCAAUCCCAAAGUCCACCCCAAAGUAAGUACAUAUCUCUCUCCUCUCCGCUCUAUCUCUCUCUCUAUCUCCUUUUCUUUGCUCUCUCUCUCUCUCUCUCUCCUCUUCUCAUCUCAUCCUCUCCUCCUCUCUCGCUCAUCCUCCUCUUCAUCUCCUUCUCUCUCUCCCUCUCUCUCUCUCAUCUCUCCUAUCGCAAAUCUCUCCUCUCUCUCUCUCUCUCUCCUCUCCUCACCACACUCACUCACCACGACACACACACACACACACACACACACACACACACCACACACAAACACACACACACACACACACACACACCACACACACCCACACACACACACACCACACACACACACCACACAACACACACACACACACAUCUGGAAAGUUUCUUCCAGACAGCAGAUCAGGUUUCAGUCAGAUGCUCUGAAAACCAACACAAGCCUUGCUCUGCUCUUAUGGCUGAAUCAUGAGGAAUUUGUCUGACCCUGUUUAGAGUUCCCCCCCCCGCCCCUCUGACCCCCCAACCCACCAACCCCCCCUUUAACCAUAUCCUCUUGGAAGUGCUGAAGGGCCUACUUAUCUGUACCCCCCCUGCAGUACCCCUGCCAAACAUGCCCUGCCAGUGAAUGGAAUGGUCCUGGGACUGUCUAUAAUAGAGCCCAGUCAUAGUGUCACAGUGUGGACAGGCCAGUCUGUCUGUCUGUCUGUUCUGUUCUGUUGUCUGGUGACUGGAGGAACUAUCCUUUCACUGGAAAAUGUACAGCAUUCAUCUGUUCAAACCUUUAUUCCACAGGGUCUCCAACCAUGAGAAACGUCUGGAUGGGGGGGUCCGGACAAGGGUUGCAUGUGUCUCAG